AUGACCGACAACAGUAACAGUCGCACGGGCACCAGGGUGGAAAGGGGUGGGCAGUCCGCCAGCGGUUGGAGUCUGGAGGCGAACGAAUGCCGAGCCUGCGCAAAAUACCCGGUCGCAGCGUCGUCCACCGUCGCGCCGUUGGCCCGUCCAUCAACACCUGUGCCAGACCCUCCCAGUUCCGGGUCCUCCCCGUCGGAUGGGACCAGGGCUCGAGGACCGGUUGUCGACAGAGGGCUCCGGCUCCGCGGGGGCGGCGAACUAGCGAGGUAUGUGACGCGAAGCCCGGUCUGGUGAGAAGCGGUGAAGAGGGAUGUGUGUCGGAUCUGGAGUAAUCUGAAGCUGGUGGUGUUUCCGAACCCGAGCCGGGAGGACCCGGGGAAGGCGCUGAGGGAUUGGGAUCUCUGGGGUCCUUUCUUCUUCAUUGUGUUUCUUGGCCUCGUUCUUUCGUGGUCCGCGACGGCCAGAAAGUCCCAAGUGUUUGCCGUUGCCUUUGCCGUUCUCGCUGCCGGAGCUAUAAUUCUAACCCUGAACGUCCUCCUCCUCGGCGGACGCAUAAUCUUCUUCCAGAGCGUGAGUCUUCUCGGAUACUGCUUGUUCCCUCUAGAUGUCGGUGCUCUUGUAUGCAUGGUGAAAGAUGAUGCUGUUGUAAAGCUUGUCAUGGUGACGAUCACACUGGCUUGGAGCUCAUGGGCAGCUUACCCUUUCGUGAGUACCGCCGUUGUCCCGGGGCGAAAGGCUCUGGCAAUAUAUCCUGUGUUACUCAUGUACAUCUCUGUCGGAUUUUUUAUCGUUGCGAUCACCUAGAAGGUCACAUAUAUAUAGUCUGAACAAAGUAUUCGGUGGUCCUGAUCCAUGACAUUAAUGGUGCACCUAAUGGAUAUCGAUCCUUUAAUGAAAGGAGCUGAGGAUUUGUGCCUUGUCAUUGGAUUAUGUUUCGUGAGCUAUUCUUCGAUUUAUUUUGUACCGGGUAUUUCUUUGGUUUUAGACGUUUUUUUCCUUCAAAUUUGACAGUUACCGGGGAUGUUAAAGGUCUUGCCACCUCAACAUUAUCUUAGAGAAAUGAAGGUGUGGAAAGAGAAAAUUCCAAAUUAAUUGUUGAAGAA